CAAAAUCUCGUUGAAUAAUUAAUUUCUUAGAGAGAGAGAGAGAGAGAGAGAGAGAGAGAAUAUUAUGGCAACUGGAAUUAUGGAGGUCUUGUUGGUGAAUGGGAAGGGUCUUGGAGACACUGAUUUCUUUGGUCACAUGGAUCCGUAUGUGCUGAUUCAAUAUAAAGACCAAGAGCGCAAGAGCAUUGUAGCCCGAGGACAAGGCAGUAGCCCAUCAUGGAACGAAAAAUUUAGCUUUAGGGCAGAUUAUCCAGGUUCUGGAGAUAACUUCAAGCUCAUCUUCAAAAUCAUGGACAAGGACACUUUUUCCACUGAUGAUUACAUUGGUCAUGCAACAAUCUAUGUGAAGGAUUUAUUGGCUGUAGGAGCUGAGAAUGGAACUGCUCAACUACAAACUAGCAAAUACCGAGUAGUUGGUGCUGACCAAAAAUAUCGAGGAGAGAUUCAAGUUGGUGUAACUUUCACUCGCAAGGGUGAGCAGAAUAAAGGGGAGAAACUCGGAGGAUGGAAGGACAGCAAUUUCUAGUUUCUCUUUACUACCAAAGCCCCAUGUAGAAAGACUUGAAUUUCUUUUAUUUUUUUAUUUUAUUAUUUUUUUGCCUUGUAAAUUUUUGAAAAUUUCCAAGAAUAUUUGAAUAUAUAUGUUUGUGAUCUCUUUGUAGUGAAUAAUUGUUGUAAUAAAAUAACUAGUUUACUUUUUU